UUUUUAGGGCCUGAUAACAGUCUGAUAUACUUUGUCUUUUGUGUUUCUUCAUAUGACUUGUAAUUGUUUAUACUGCAAAUUCUAAUGAAUUUAACCCAUUUUAAAAAACGAACAAAACAGUUGCCCUACAACGUACUCGUCGCGUUGAUGACGUCAGGAGUCCGACUGCUCAGCGCGGAAUUCAAAAAUAUGAAUUUCCUGUGUACAUUAACAGGAUAUGUUUUAGGCUAGACUAAAGUAUUCAGUAUGGUAACAUUAGACAUAUAAAUUAAGUAUUUUAACUUAUAGCGGAUUUCUUUCUCUUUCGCACUUUUUGGUCUUUAAGGCAAACAGUGACGCAAUCAAACAGCACCCGUGUUGUUUGUAAUGUUAGCUUCCCUUAGUAAUUUCGUUAGCGAAAUAUCCUCUUUUCCAAACACCGUGAAAUAUUAAGUCUUGUAUAGUAAACUAGCUGUAGUAAGAUAAGUCUAGUCCUACAUUCUUUCAGAUACCACUAGUUUCCCUGCGAAAGUUUAAACGCGUGAAGAACAUUGUUGCUAAUAUUGGCAGGAAGACGUUAGUUAGCUAACAAGCUAACGUGAGAUAAUUUGAUGACGGCAGCGACACACCAGCUAUCCAACAGGCAACGAGUUGAAUUAAUUGUCGACAAUGGAGAAUAACUCGUCUUGUUCUUCAAAUAGUCUUUCUCAAGCGUCUUUCCUCCAGAGGACGUUGGAGCGGUUAUCCUCCACACAGUGUCUGAAACUAAAAACUGAGGAGGCGGUUCCUGUCGCUGUCAUUGCACUCCAGAGGUACUUAUCUGAGCAAACUGAGGGGCAGCAGCUCGACAGCUACGAUGUGACGGUCACUGACGGAGUCUGGCGAGCCAAAUGCUUUGUUCACCCUAGUUUAAAUCGCCUGGUGCACACAAACAUCCUGAGGACUGGGACUGACAUCAGCAUCCCUCAGUGCUCUUUUGUUUACAACGAGAGGAGACUUGGACAUGGUUACAUUUGCAUUGAAAAGCUCAGAUGUGGUAUAGAGAGGUCUGCAGUCCUGCCCCGUAUAAAGGAUGUCAAUUCACUGCCCAUGCUGGUUAAGCAUGGCAUGGAGAGGAGUGUGCUGCUGCAAAGUGAUGUUCCCCUUCAGGUGAGCCGCAAACAUUACCUGUCUCUGUGGAACAACGACGACCCAGAGGGAGACAUCUGGAUCUCAGGGUCUCCCUCAUCUGACACGGUGCUGGACGUGUCCAAGAUUACUCUUCUUUGUAGUCUGGAGUCAAACUUUAGAAACACAUGGAAACCUCUCCCUCUCCUAGUGAAGAUAAUACACAAAUCCAGAUUACGGUAUUAUGGGAAGUUUGGGCUCAAGAUUGAUUACCCCUACCAGGUUUACUUUGAAGUUGCUGACCAGAGUGGGACAAUGUCCCUUGUACUUUGGAACGAACUUUGUCCAGAGUUUUACCAGAGACUGAAUGUAGGUACAGUAUUGUACCUCCAAAAUUACACUUUGAAGCAGAGUUAUUCAAACCGGUCACACCCCCAAAUGGACCAUCACAGGAUGAAGACCUUUAACUCUGUAGAAAUCUGCCUGAACCCUCGCAACCCAGCUUCAGUCAUCACUGUGGUCUCACCAAAGAGUGUACUGCCUCAGUGGGGAUUGCCUGAGGUUUCCUACCAGUUCACCACAAGGUCAGAGUUGGAAAAACUAUCCAACAAUUCUGCAUGUGAUGUGAUUGGUUUGGUAACUUUUGUUGGUCGUGUGGAAAGAGUCAAGAGUAAAGGGAACAAGGGUCCAGAAAAAUACUGGACGUAUCGCUGGAUCCACGCAGUGGAUGGAACAUCUAACCACCCUUUUAUCCUGGAGGUUUUUUCCUCAUCUCAACCAGAAAUCUUCAGUCGUAUAUGCCCAAUGACCUACCUGGUGUGCACUCAGAUGAGAGUUUGUCAAGUGGAAGGCUCGUUGCCGUACCUCACAAGCAGCUUCGAGACAGAGACGUUCAUCACAGGCUACCACAAAGGUCAGCCAUAUGUGAGUGACCCCAAAGUGAGGAGUUUCAUCCAGUGGACCAAAACUUUGAAGGACAAUGUUGUCCUUCAGAAGACCGCUGUUGGUGGUCAUUAUUGCUACCCUCGUCCCCCACAGAAAUGUACCCAGUCAAUGGCAGAUGCCUCAGCUCAAGCUCCUCUGGUUGCUGUGGCUGACUUGAAGAGGGAGUUAGAGACCCUGCAAUAUAGGGAACAUAAAAAACUUGCAAUUCAAGGACAGAUCACGGCAGUGCGGUACAUGAAAAUCCCAAGGACCACAGAGUCUCAAGGAACAGAAGAGAAAGAGGAUGUUUCUUCUGAUGCGUGUGAACAAGCUGUACCAGUUACACAUAAUCAUCCCUCUAUAGCUGAGCAGACUUUGGCAGCCAGUUUAACAUCUCCCUCUGCGGAGCAAAUCUCAGUAAGCAGAAGAAAAAGAAGAAUUCAAACAAGAGAAGCCACAGAGUCCUCAUUGAAUCGUAGUGGCAUGCCAUCAAAAAGGAAAGCUGGACAUAAAAAUACACAGGAAGGACAAGAGCAGGAAGAAGAAGAGAGUAACUCUGAAUCUGAGGAGGUUCAGGUUGUGGAAUGUGACCUACAACUGCAAAAUCAAGACUCGGAUGUAUUAUCUUGGGAAAGCAGCAGUUGGCUGAAGCAACGACAGGAAGUGUCUGAACAUUUGUGUCAAGGUGGUUUGCACCAGGACAGCAUCUCUCGCAGGUUCACCUCUGAUGAAAAGAACGUCCUCCUGCAGUGGAGUAACCUUCAGCCAACACGGUGGACACCAGAGCAAACCGCUGACACCACUCCACCUGUGGUUUGUCCAGGAUACUACCAAGUAACAAUAUUAGGCAUAAACAAGCAGAUAGCUGUUGAUGCUGCGUAUUUUCCUGUUGUGAGCUCAGAUGAGCCCAGGGCUGUAGGUCUUCCCCAGGAUCCCCAUGGCAACACGAUGCUGUCCUGCCUUUCGUCAGGCUUCCUCUGCCCUCUCAGUGACUCUGCCAACCACAGUGAAGCAACACUUCCUGAGCCAGAGGCGGUCUUAGUGACUGCCAAUGAGCUGGAGGAUACACAUGUUGUAUGCAUCUUGGACUUUUGUCAUCUGGGUGGAGAUAAGGUGGAAGUCCUCAUCAACAAGGUGUACAGAGUGACAGAGGUUUGUCUCGACUAGGAGGUACAGAAGAGCGAGUGUUCAGUUUUGUGAGAAUAUCUUGUAAUUAUUGUCAGCAUACAUUAAUCAUGUAAUUAUACAGUUAUUUUGGAUAGAAUGAGCAAAGGAAACCUAAUCCACUUGUUUUAGACCAAACCUCAAUUUGAUACUUGUAAAUUGUCUGAUUUCCUGUUACACAUGUAAAGUAAAUAUGACAAAAUAAUUUAAAUAAUGUUUUAAUGUUUUGAAGAGAGGAACAUGUUUUACGAUCGAUUAAAACACUGAAAUACAUAAAAUUGCACAUUUUAUUACCACCAGAAUGCAACAGUGUAUUUUCUGUGACUGACAGAUGUUGCUUAGGCUACAGAUAAGGUGUCCGUUUAUAUGCUGCAAGUUUUAACUCAUGAAAUCAUCACUGUAGAUUAGUAAUUUUGAGAAAUUAAUAGUAUUUUGGAUGGCUGCCAUAAAAUGAAUCACUGUGAAAAUCAAAUCACAGGGAGGUGACAGCGGCUCAUAUGGGCUCCCUCUGCUGUGUCCUCAUUAACACCAAGUAAUGUUACAUCCUACAUCUGAUCAUAAUCCCACUUAAAGUUAGCUGUUUAGCAUCAUGUGAGAUGACUUUAUCAGAGAAGUGUUAAAAACUUUUUGCACAAUAUUUUAUUUAAGUACUGAUGUCAAACCUUUUUCCUCCAUGUCCAUAAAUGAAUACUAACCUGGCCUUUUGCAUUAAGAACACACAAUUGAGAAUUUUCUUUGUAAACAGUUUGCUCAGAAUAACAAUACAUAUGUUUAAAAAUAUUUAUUUUCAAAUAUUUCACAAUAUCCAGGUUGAUUUAUAAAUAAUUCAAUAUAACAUAAUUAAUGUCAAGAUAUUUUAGAAUGUAAACUUAAUUUGUUAAUUUCUUUUAAAACAAUAUUAAGGAUAUUUUUAAAGCUUAUUUUGAUGGUAAAUACAGAAAGAAAACAAGCCAUACAAGUGACUGUGCAACACCAACUUGGACGCAAAAAAAAAACCUCACCUCCUCUAAUAAGACACUUCAUUAUCUGUUAUAAAAUUACUUUAAUUUUAAAAUCAAGUAACAUACAUUUGUAAUCUAUUAGACAUAUAAAAUAAACAGCUAUAUAGACUAAA